AUGAAGCAGUACCUCAUGGUUAUUUCUGCUCUACUAGCGGCAGGGAUAUUCCUGCAUCUGGUCAUCGUCAACACGACAGGCUCCUUCUCUAGCGCCGCACAAGUAGAGAUGCAGAGUAAUAUUCCUGCGGGCGAUUCGACAAAUCGCGUCGCAGAAGCCAAGGGGCCAUUAGGCAACUCGAACGACAUCUCCAACUCGACCCUCGGUUUUCAAGAAGUGUUUGUGGUCAACCUACCCGAGCGAACCGACAAGAGAGAUGCCAUUGCAGUGCAAGCGUCGCUCACCAACAUAACAUUUAAACUUUCUCCUGGGGUACGUGGUGAUACGAUAUCAGAGAAAGCAAAGCCCUAUGGAAUGGAGAAGCUGCUUCCUGCAGAAGUCGGCGCAUGGAGGGCCCAUUUGAACGUGUUGCAGAAGGUGGUGGAGAAUCGCAUCAGCUCAGCCUUGAUUUUGGAGGACGAUGCAGACUGGGACGUCAGUCUCAAGGCCCAAAUGACCGAGUUUGCUCGUGGAACGCGCUGGCUCAUGAACCACACGGGACCGUCGUACUCGCCCUACGGCGACGGCUGGGAUAUUCUGUGGAUCGGACACUGUUCGGCCCACUCGCACCAUUCCGACACUCGUCGCUGGGUCAUCAGGAAGGAUCUCACAGUCCCACCACCAAGUAAACGAGACGCAAUGUUACAACCCUAUGAUCUUGGGUAUUGGGAAGGCGCCCCCGAUUUCGAUACGCAAACACGCAUCAUCUACAAGGCCGGUUACGGAUUCUGCUUCGCAGGUUGGGCAGUGUCCCUUCGAGGGGCCGAAAAGAUUCUCCACAAAUUGAGUAUGCUUCCGUACGGACUGGCCGUCGACCUUGGUGUCGCUGAAAUGUGCGCUCACGGGACAUACAACAUAACUUGCCUUGCACCCUUCCCAGCAUACGUUGGCAUCUCGAAACCUGCCGGCAAUUCUAGUCGCGGCAGUGAUAUUGUGGAUGGCAGCGGCAAAGGACGCGCCGGCGACCUUGCAACCAGAGGCAAUCCCGGCGCAAAAUUCCGCGAAGAGCCAGAGUCGGAGAGGGUGGUGUUCUCAACGCGGAUGAACAUCCCGCGACUGCUCAUUGGCGACACCGAGUUUGAGAGCAAUUAUGCUAAUGUCACUGGUCGAGUCAAGAGCAUUGACGAAAUUACUUCCUUCACAGGCACAGGGCAUGGUGAAUGGUUGCCUGACCCUCUACCAGUCCAGGACCCGAGUGGACUUUGA